CAUCAUUACUCAAAUCUCUAUGUCUCUCUCCCCCUUUCGAUUAAUAGCCCUUUAAAAUUAACAAAAAGAAAACCUAAUAUUUCCCUCAUUCAACCAAUCCUCCUCUUCUAAUGGAUCUUCGUCAGGAAACUCAAUUCCAAAAGCUACCCCAUUUUUUCGUUCUACCCUUUCCCACUAAAAAAGACGUGGCCUAUGCACUCAUUCUCUUCAUCUCUCUUAUCAUAACCUCCGUUUUUUUCUGCAACCUCCUAACCCCUUUCUACCCUCAUCUUCUUCUUCCUUUUAGCUUCUCCAAAACCCUACCCGAUACCCAAAUCCCAGGAUCCACACAUACCUGCGAUUAUUCGUUUGGGAAAUGGGUUUGGGAUGAAACUUACCCUAACCAAAAGUACAACGAAGAUUGUCCUUUUCUUGAUCCGGGAUUCCGGUGCCAGCGCAAUGGCCGCCGGGAUGUUGGGUAUGUCAAUUGGCGAUGGCAACCGCAUGGGUGCGAUCUACCCAGAUUUGAUGCGAGAGAUUUUCUUGAAAGAAGCAGAAAUGGAAGAAUAGUUUUCGCCGGAGACUCCAUCGGAAGAAACCAAUGGGAGUCUCUACUAUGCAUGCUUUCUCAUGGAGUCUCAAACCUUUCCACAAUAUACGAAGAGCAUGGAAAACCCAUAACCAAACACAAAGGCUUCCUUUCAAUCAGAUUUCAUGACUACAAUUUAACCAUCGAGUAUUACCGGGUCCCUUUCCUGGUAGUCAUCGAUGACCCACCGGAAAAUUCGUCGGAAGAAAUCCUGCGAGCCAUUAGGGUUGAUAAGCUCCACCGGUUCUCUUCAAAAUGGGCCGGAGCAGAUAUUCUUGUCUUCAGCGCCGGUCACUGGUGGAACCAAGACAAAACCCUAAAAAUGGGGUGGUAUUUCCAAGAAGAAAAGACACUGAACUUGACAAUGGACGUGAUGGAAGCAUUUGCGAAGUCUCUUCAAACAUUAAAGUCAUGGGCUUUCAAGGAUUCCGAUAGGAGCUACAUCUUCUUUCGAAGCUAUUCACCAGUACAUUACAGGGAUGGAGAAUGGAACACUGGUGGACAUUGUGAUCGUAGUAAAGCACCAGAAACAGACUACAUGAACCCAGAAAGUGAACAUUUAAACAAUCAAAUCAUUUCAAAUGUAGUCAAAGAGAUGGAAACUGCUGAACACAAAGUCCAAUUCUUAAACAUUACGUAUCUAACAACAAUGAGAAAAGAUGGUCACCCUUCGAGAUAUAGGGAACCAGGUACUCCAUCAAAGGCUCCACAAGAUUGUAGCCAUUGGUGUCUACCUGGAGUCCCUGACACUUGGAACGAACUUCUUUAUGCUCAACUUUUAUCCAGUGGGUUCAAAACAAGGUGAUGGAGAUGAAAAGUAAAUUAAAGAUGUAUGAGAUUUACAUAAACGGGUUUAGAAGUUUAUCGAAGGCUCCAAUUCGGGCUAUGAUUUAGUGACACAUGAAGUGUGGUUCAUUUUAAUUUAUUGGUGGAGCUCGCACCAACGAUGGUUGAUACUCUUUUGGAAGAAGCCAUUAAUGGGUGGAAGAUCUGAACCUGUGUAGUUGUAGAAUUAGGAUAAGAGC